AGGUACCAGACCUGAUUUGUUUUACACUGGACUGGGUCCAUUCAUGUUAGUCUAUAUGUUCGAUGUGUUAAACCUGCGUAGUCUGGUUUAAUAACGUAUAUUGUGUGGAGUUUUUAAGCCAAAAAGUAUAUUUUUGUGUGAUCUUCUAAGCCGAAACGAUUGUGUACAAGAUUGGUAUGAGAUCGGCUUUUAGGGUCAGCAUCUAUAUAAUUUAGAGCUAAGAUAAAUGAAGAUUGUGUUUUGUAUUGUCAAUCAGUGUGGUUAUUUAUAUGAAGAUGUUGAGUGUUUCCAUUGUUCCCCUUCCCCCAGUCACAUGCGGUUAAUGCUAUACUGCUAAGCUAGCCAGUUAGCAUUACUAGAUGGUGAAAUACUUCGAGUAAAGAUACAACCGGUAACUACUGAUUAAAUACACAGGGAUGGUGUAGAUGAACGUUGAGAGUAGAUUGAGUUGUUUUGUUUUUCAUGCUUUUCAAAGAAAGUACUUUGAACUUUAUAUUUUGAAAUAAACAGGAAGUAUGUUUAUGAACCGGAAGUACUAGUUGAUACAUUUGAGAGGAGUUACAAAUAAAACAGCUCCCCUAGCGGACAUAAUAAGUAUUACAGUUAAUACAUUCUUCACCACACAGAUAAAGAUUACAUGUGGUUUCUUUGAAUUAAAGUAUUGCAGUUAACACAUUUUAUGACAUUUGCAUAAUUUCUUGAACUCAACUUGAGUAUACACUGUCCACGGUUUAUUUGGAUUUGCACCAUAUUCCUAUUUUUACAAAGUCAAAACCAUACACUGUUCAUUUUUAUUUAUUUGUUCAGAUUUUAAAAAAUGUGCAUAAUUUCAAAAUUUUAAUUUAAUUUGUCUAAUUUUGAUUUUCCAAUCUCAGUUUUACAACAUUUAAAUUUAUUUUUCCAAAUUCUGUAAAAAAAUUACAAGAUUUUAAAGUUAAGUUCAGAUGACAUAGGAUAUCUUUAUAAAGAAUACAAGGGUACUAUUCAGAGGAUUAGUCAUUCAUUUUGAUAAACUUAAUAAUAUUAUCGGUGUACUUAAGAAACAUGUCGCCAGAGUUAAGAGCACUCACAGUGCCAGGCACAACUGCAGAUAUUAAGGCGAGAGUAAACAUCAGAUCAGAUGCUUUAACGUGUCCAAGUCAUAGACAGAAGACAUGGAACCAAAUAGAGAAACUGUUGGAACAGUGGCAAACGAGAGGAUUGAUUCCAGCAGAUGAUCAACCUGGACCAACGGAAGCCCAUAGAAAAGCUGUAGUUGAACAUGAGAAUGCUGAAUACCUACAACAGGAAAAAGCAUGGAUCAAAGCCGUACAAACCCCUUGGUAUGGACCUGCUAAAAGCGCUAUGAAAAAAGCUGAAAAAAGAAAAGUUAGGGUUACAUGUCUGUUAAUCCAUCUGACAUCCAUCGCAGAAGAUCUGCCAGUAAAUGAAGACACAGCAGAAAUGACAAAAGAGGCUCCACUUAUCCAAACUCCAAAGCAGUAUCCAAGCCUGACCGAAGUGUCUCCUCCAGACAUAUCAGAGAACAACCCUUCUCACCAAGCUUCGAUUCAAGCCCCAAAUGAGAAAGAAUUGGCGUUUGAGGUAAGAAUCCUAUCCAGUGUCAACCAGCUGAUGGAAGAACUCGGCAGAAGAAUGGAAGCAGAACUCGGCAGAAGACACGAAGAGCUCGACAGAAGAAUGGAGGAACUCGACAGAAGAAUGGACGAGGAGCUCAACAGAAGCAUUGAAGCAGAACUCAUCAGAGGAAUGGAAGAGAGACGAAAGGCAGUUGAAGCCCAUAAUGACAUUAUUGCAGAAAGACAAAGGGAGGAAGAUAAAUACCAACUACUUCUGGCGGAGAGGCAACAAGACGAUGUAAGAUUCCAGGACAUGAUGGCAGAUAGACAAAGGAGAGAACAAGAAGAACGAAGAACUCAAAGAAAACGCAGAACAAACUACUCUCCUGACUAUUCCAAUGGACGGGGAGAUGAAUAUGACGACAGCGGUACACAGUCUGAAACCAGUAGACACUCCCCAUACCAUGAACAGUCACAGCAACAACGCAGUUUUGCAUCUCCUCCUGAGAAUAAUAGUAGUGACGAAAACGAGCAACAUUACCCUGGGACAUGCCCCAAAACUAGAAGAACCAAGACAACUAAAAGAACCAAGACCGGUGCACAUACCUCCAUGCCAUUGAUAGCGGCUGGAAGAGGAGGAUUUCAAUACCAAUCAUGGACUCACAGGGACAUGGAAGCAUUAGUGUCAAAGCUACCUCCACUCACGAAAGGAGGUCAGAAGUGGGUUACUGAUCUGGAGAAGUACACUGUCCAAGACCACCUGUGCUUGGGAGACAUGAGGGCCCUGCUUGGACGGAUAGAAGGAAGACUAGAGGCAAGAGCAGUAGAUUCCGAGGCCAAUUGCACGCACGACCCAGAUGAAACUUCAUUCAACAAUAUCAGGUCGAAUUAUUGGGCUGCUAUUCGUCACAUCUACCCGACAACACGCAAUUUACAUGCCCUCAACAGCCUGAGAAAAGAACCGGGGGAAGAAAUGCAUGCCUUCUUGAAGAGAUGUGAAGGAGUGUGGGAGGACUGCACUGGAGAACGGCAUGACGUUUCUCCGGCUGUUGUAAUGUUGUGGAAGAACGCUGUCAUUAAAGCCCUUCCCCGAUCAGUGCAGGCAGGCCUGGGAGACGUGGUGGGAUUAGACGCUAAACCCAUUGAAGAAUGGAGACUACAUCUCAUUCACUACGAUAUGAAAUACCAGGCAACAAAGGGGGAAAAUGAUGAAGAAAUUAAAACACUAAAACUAAGACUUUUGAAGAUACAAGUAGCUGAGAAAGAUGCCGAAGCUAAUAAAAACAAGAAAUCGACAAAUCAGAUGGCCAUACUAGCAGAGAAGGCAGGGCGGACACCUCCAACAGUUCAACAAAGCGGAGGAGGAAGUGUAUGUCCACAAAACCAGGUUCAGCAGACACCUGUGUAUCUUCCUACGCAAGUACAGCCACAAGCACCACAGUAUCUUCAACAGCAGACACCUGUGUAUCUUCCUACGCAAGUACAGCCACAAGCACCACAGUAUCUUCAACAGCAGACACCUGUGUAUCUUCCUACGCAAGUACAGCCACAAGCACCACAGUAUAUUCAACAGCAAAUACCUGUGUAUCUUCCUAACCAAGUACAGCCGCAAGCACAGGUAUACACUCCCAUACAACAUCAACAAAAGGGACAAUGGAGAGGAAAGCAACGAUCAAGAGGAAGAAGGGAUGAUGGCUGCUUCAUAUGUGGAGAUUGUAGACAUCUGGCCAGAGAUUGCCCCACUCAGCAAUAUCCACCACAAGGUAGCACCUCACAAUACAGAGGAGAACCAGCGUUAGAUUUUAGAAAUAUUGAGGCGGAAGCAUAUGCCAGGGCCAUGACGAAUAUUUCUGUUGGAUCAGGUGAUUGGGUAAAUGUAAAAAUCCACAAGAUGAACUUGUUGCAACCUGUAUGGAGUGGACCAUGGGAAGUUGUAGAACGCACUGCAGAUGCGCUCCGGAUCAAAGUUAAAAAAGGAACAUGUUGGCACCUUCUUACACAUUGUGUAGCCGUACCGCCACCUUUCCAGAAACGGCACGGCAGUUGGAACUGAUUUUGGAAAACUGGUACAAAAAACAAUAAGGAAUUGAACAUUUUUUACAACGACAGCACCAGGAGAUGAGUAAACUCAAGAAUCUGUAGUGUAAAUACAUUGAGAAAAACACAUUUUACACUCGAACUGUUUGCACAUCAUAGACAAGGAAGUUAGACAAUAUAAAUAAAUGUUCA